AUGCCUCCAACGCAUCCUGUAGGACCCCGAGCCCCCAAAGACGAUUUCAUGAGGGCCUUGGGUUUAAGCACAUCUGAUCCAAAGCACGAGGGGCACUAUCGAGCCAUGCGCGAGGAAGCAAUUGCUGUGUACAACAAAUUGAACUCGGACCGCUCGAAUCUGUUAGACGACAAGCGCAAUGACCAAUCCAUCACCCCUCCUUUCUUCUGGCAUCACAUUCGGCAAGAACGUCGUCGUCAAGCCGUCAUCGACACAUGGCAGCAAGCUAAGCCCGGCACUAUUCAACGAACCCUUUUCGAUGCGGGUGCAACAAAUGGCGAACAUGCUCCCAAUUGGGUGACCUUGUGGUUGCUCUACAGCGUCUUUCGGUCACGCGACAUUCGAAACAACCGUAAUCGUCGAACUGGAGAAGGUAGUGGAGGAGCAGGUCAGAAUCACACAGCCGCAGACACCACAAUCUUCGAUCCUGCAAGAAACAAACAUGUCCGGCGAUGA